AACAAUCCUCCUUUAACUGUUUCAGAAACUUCUACCUUUGAAUUUAGCUUAUUGCCUUCUCUGAUAAAUGCCUUACUACACAAAUUUAUUCCUGUCAUAGCCAUUUACUUAAAAAUUAAUGAGAACCUAUUUUACUUUUCAUGGCAGUUCUCUAGCAGUUUCCCAAAGUACACUUCUUCUGUGGCUCAAAGAAAUCUGAAAAACUUCUCUCAGCCGUAUCUUGAAUUGGUGAAUAGUUAUUGUACUGGAAAAAUAUCAGAACUUGAAGCAUUUGUGCAGGCAAACAAUGAGAAGUUUGAAUCUGACAAGAAUCUUGGAUUGGUGAAGCAAGUAGUAUCAUCUAUGUAUAAACGCAAUAUUCAGAGGUUGACUCAGACUUACCUGACUCUCUCCCUUGAAGAUAUAGCCAAUACUGUCCAACUUAAUAGUGCCAAGGAGGCUGAGAUGCAUGUACUUCAAAUGAUCCAAGAUGGUGAAAUAUAUGCAACAAUCAACCAGAAGGAUGGAAUGGUUAGAUUCCUAGAGGAUCCUGAACAAUAUAAAACCUGUGAGAUGAUUGAACUAAUUGACUCUUCAAUCCAAAGGUAUGUCUUUCAGGAUUUUGAAUUGUUCAAUUCUCUUGGGCGAGAGAAUUUCUACGAGAACCUAUGUGAACUGGUUGGCUGGGUGUUGGAGGAUUUUUCUGAAUAUCUUUAGAUAGUUUCAAGACAAACUUGUGAAAUUUGAAGAAUCUAGAGAUGGCAGUGGGGCGGGGUGGUGGCUUGCCCCAUUUGUUACUUUUUUUUUUUGGUCAAAAUUUCGAGUUAUGCCAUUAUUAGAGAAUAAAAUACAUAUUCAAAAUUUUAAAAUCCAAUGCAAAUAAUGCUCAAACUAACUUCAC